AUGACAUAUGUGAAAGACCUUGAGGAAGAAAUAUAUCGUAUCCUCCAAUCUUCCUCUCAAUUACGUAAAUAUAACAGUGACUUGCGGAAUAAAUAUAUAAAGCAAGAGGAGAAUUUUGAUCGAGAAAGAAAAGGAUGGGAUCGGGGUAGAAAGAAGUGGAGUAAAAAACUAGGAGAGGUUGUUACUGAGAAUCAAAACCUGCAGUUUGAAAAGAGAAAAGGUAGAUUGUCCGAUGUUUCUUGCACACGUUAUCCGUCUUACUUUUUUCUCCAGGGAAAAAAAUCUGAGAAAAUAAUAAAAGAAAUAGAAGAAUAA